AUAGCUCACUCUACUUACUCAACUCACUAUUAUUCAUAAAGAGUUUAACUUAGUUUAAGAUCUAAAUGCAGCCUUAAUCAAUUUCCUAAUUGGCGCAAAAACCCAAAUAUGGAUCUCCGAAUAAUUCUCUCUCUCUCACACACACACACACACAAAGACAACUUCCUACCAUCAACCGAACAUUCCCAAAGUCUUCCAAGUUCCUAACUAACCUCUUAGGAACAUAUGCAAGAACCCAAUUCACUUGACAUGACCAACCAAAAUACCCAACAACCAUGAUUCACGAAUCCUUCAUUAUAAGAAGGCUCAUUUUCCUUGGCAUUCCCAAGUAACUAUUUAUUAUAACGCCCCCACAAGCUCUUCAAAACUAAACAGAACUUAGUGUUCGACUCUCCUCCCACCCCACCCUUAUAAGAAAAAAUGUCCUUGGUAGCAGAAGCACCGGGUUACCUUCAAGUCUUCUCUGAUGGAUCUGUGGAACGAUUUGCCCCUGAGAUUGUUCCAGCCUCACUAGAAUCAACUAACGGAUAUACGUCUAAAGAUGUGAUUAUUGACUCAUCAAAGCCAGUCACCGGAAGGUUAUUUCUUCCGAGUAUAGCAAGCACUGGGUCCAUAAAUAAGCUUCCUGUUAUUGUUUACUUUCAUGGUGGUGGCUUUUGCAUUGGCUCCACCACAUGGGCUGGCUACCAUCAUUUCUUGGGAGAUCUGUCCGCCACCUCCCAAUCCAUCGUUCUCUCUGUUGAUUACCGUCUAGCUCCCGAAAAUGGUCUCCCCAUAGCAUAUGAAGAUUGUUAUAGCUCUCUGGAUUGGCUUGUUAGCCAAGUAGGAUCUGAACCAUGGCUUGAGCAGGCUGACCUUUCCCGUACGUUUCUGUCUGGGGAUAGUGCUGGAGGAAACAUUGUGCACCAUGUUGCUAUCAAAUCCAUUCAGAACAACAGCUGUCGUAUUAUAAAGAUUAAGGGAUUAUUGCCAAUACAUCCUUAUUUUGGCAGUGAGCAGAGGACUGAGAAAGAGAAGGAUGAAGGAGCAGCAGGAGAGGUUGCAAGCAAUGACAUGUUUUGGAGACUAAGUAUACCAGAAGGCUUGAACCGUGAUUAUUAUGGUUGUAAUUUUCAGAAGGCUGAAUUAUCCGCAGCUGAAUGGAGCCAGUUUCCUUCUGUUGUAGUAUUCGUGGCUGGCUUGGAUUUCUUGAAGGAAAGGGGAGUAAUGUAUGCAGAAUUUCUGCGGACUAAAGGGGUUAAAAUGACAAGGCUAGUGGAGACUGAGGGAGAGUCGCAUGUAUUUCAUGUGUUUUAUCCCAAGUCCGAGGCAACCAGCCUGCUCCAACAACAAAUGAUUGAGUUCAUGAAGAGCUCUUAACCUUCAAAAUCAUCUGAAAAUAAUUCUAGUCUUAUUGUAAGCCAGUAAUCGUAAGGACAAUGGUCUUUGGAGUGCUGAAUAAAUCAAAAGGCAAUUUAAGCAAUGCUUGGCAAAGAAAAAUCCCAGUCAAUUUUGGAUCCAAAUCAAACUGAACAACUUU